UGGUACAUACAUCCAUUUCGAUCUGGUUUUCUUUGUUAUGUAAUGAAAUAAGCUUUUUUUCAAACCAAACUCACUCACUCACUCGGAUUCAACAAAGUCUCCGUUUGUCUUUUGCCACAAAACAGCAGCCAUGGCCGCCGAUAAAGUCCCCCCUAACGCGAAUGCCGGAUCUCAAGGGUUCAACCCAGGCUUAAUUGUUCUUCUGGUUGUUGGAGGGUUGCUAUUGACAUUCCUCAUUGGAAAUUAUGUGCUCUACGUUUAUGCACAGAAGACCAUCCCUCCUAGAAAAAAGAAGCCCAUCUCCAAAAAGAAGAUGAAAAAGGAGAGAUUGAAGCAAGGAGUCUCUGCACCUGGAGAGUAGAGGCAAUGCACUCAAUUGUUGUAUGGAAUAUGGAUUGGAUUACCCUGUACUGUUUAAAAAUCUAGUUCUGUGGUGUUUUCUUGAGUUAAUUUUCAUGUUUCCAUCCUGUGUGUGUUACUGACAGAAAGCUUAGUUACAUUAAUUUAGUACUUUAGCAAUAUAUUUGGGACAGGCUAUUUGGUGGUUUGAUU